AUGACGCAGUCCAGCUCCCCCAUCGUCGAAGACAGGGAAGCACGGACAUUUGCAAGCCCACCCUACACCGCCUGCCACUUGCCCCACUCCUCGGCGUCAUCCAGCACGAAGAGGGGUCUCUGCGGGUCAUCACAGGACCUCCAGCGCAGGGUAGGCCCACCCUACGCCUUGGGGACGGGAUUAACCGGGAUAAGGGUGGAAGCCGCUCUAGCCGGCCCCGGCGCCACCGUCCUCGAUGCCGCCGCUAGGGCAGGCGCCACCACCCCUGACGCCGCUGGCCUCAUCGACGACCCCGGCCCAUGCGCCGCCAUCUUUGUCGAAGUCGCAGCGCCUGUCGUCGACAUCGACGUGCGUCCCGCUCUAUUCGCCACCGCCACCGUCUCCAUCGCGGCUGCCGGAGCGGGCAUUCCCGUUCCUGCUGCCACCGCGGCCUCCGUCGCGGCCGCUAGGGUAGGCGUCCCCGCCUCCGUCGCGGCUGCCGGGGCAGGCGUCCCCACCCCCGCUGCCGCCGGCGUCUCCGUCGCGGCCGCUGGGGUAGGUGUCCCCACCUUUGCCGCCGCUGUUGUCCCCGUUGCAGCCGCGGGGACGGACUUUCCCUCCUCCACCACCGCCACUGUCUCCAUCACGGUCACUGGGGCAACUGCCCCCAUCUCUGCCGCCGCCAUCUCUGCCGUCGCCAUCUCUGCCGUUGCCGCCAGAGCCGCAGGCUCCUCCUCCACCUCGUCGUCAAGGUCUAUCACCUCGCCGGUUGGAGGGACCCCAGGGGCAACAUCUUGUCCCGCAGGGUCAGCCGCGGAGGCAGAAGGCGAAGCAGGGGUCGGACCCUGCCCCAUGCUCGUCUACGGCACCCUUCCUCCAAUUGCCGUCACAGAGGCCGCCUCCGAGGUAGGCUCCGCGGUGUCCCCGGUGACACCGCCGCUUGCCGCCGGCAGGGUCGCGGCUCACCCCGCGGAGGUGGACAACACCCGUAGCACCUUCUUUGGCGCCAGCGGCGGGACGAAGUCAUGA